AUGUCAGGUUAUCAAGAUUUAAGUGAUUUUCAACGGGGACUAAUCAUCGGCGCACGAGAGAUGGGGCGCAGCAUUUCCGAAGCAACGAUGAAAUUUGUAUUUUCGCACACGACCAUUUCAAAUGUGUACCGCGAAUAUCAGGUUUCCGGUAAAACCUCAAAUCUCCGACAGCGUUGCAGCCGAAAAACGACCUUGACAGAAAGGGAUCAUCGAUGGCUUAAAAAAAUUGUUACACGGGAUAGACGUUCAACACUUCCUCAAAUUGCCGCGGAUUUGAAUGCAUGUCCAUCAACAAGUGUCAGAAUUCACACUGUGCAACGUACCCUAAUUGAUAUGGGCUGCAUACCAUCUCGUAUACCAUUGUUUACUCAAAGGCACAAAGCUUUGCACUUCCUUUUCUUGGGCUUGCCAACCCAGUCAUUGGACUUUUAA